UUUGCAAUGGCAUGACGCUAAUGAUUAUUGUUUCCUUUUGCAGACGUUCGCUGCGUGGAUUCUUCUCUAGGAAGGAGGACAACUGAACGGGUGUUGAAUCUUCCCAUCGAGCGACGCCAGGUUCCUUUUCUCGUGAGCACAGAAGCGUUGGAGCGUUGCAGCAUCUGGGGUAACAUGUCGGGGUCCAAAGGUGAAGAAGCAUUGGCGGAAUACAAAAGGGCCUUGGAGGUCAUGUCGGCGAAGAAAGCUGCUCCCAAGCAGGCUGCCCUUAGUGAGAGUGAUGAUGAAGUUCAAUUCAUCAAGAGUAACAAACGUCAAGCCACUACUGCUCUAGCUUCUUCUUCCCAGAAGAAAUCUAAGGCUUCGAAGUCUAGCCCGAAGGUCUCUCCGUCGUCGUCGAGUGACCCAACCACUGUCUUGGCCAAUCUCAAUACUAAGGUGUUCCCCUUGACCCUGGUGGUUCUGCCUGAGGGGGACUCUUCUGCCUCCAUCGAAUUCAUCCAGAGUGAUCUUCUCCACGUAACACGUUUUUCUCCUUUUCGUUUCUUUUGGUUUGCUGAUGAUAAGUUUGUUCUCGUGCAGGCGAUGUCUCAGUUGUUCCACCUUGGGGAGAGCAUGGACGACCAUGCUUCACUCAGGGCUGAUUUGGCCGCUCUAACUUCUCAGCUGCGUGAGGAGAAGGAAAACGUUCUGUCCAAGGAGAAGGAGAUCAAGACUUUGAGGCUCAAGGUGAGGAACCCAUAUGAGGCUGGGACGCUGGCGGCAUCUGAGAAUGUCUCUCUGAGGGAGCAGUUGGAACGUCGGGAGGAGGAGGUGUGUGAUCUGUGGUGCACUGUGGAGACCUUUGAUGUUGAGAAGAUUAUGGCGGUGAGCGGCACCAUAGUGGUGACACGCUGGGAGCUAAUGAGAGAGUGGCUCAACCGUCAGACCGACAGCUGGGAUCUUGAGGGCGCGCUGGAGCGGUACAAGAUGGUGAAGACCUCUGAGGCUGAGUUCCGGGGACUUCUCGCUCCUUCCUUCGAGGGAGAGCCAGUGAUCCCGAGCAAGACUGAAGCCGAAAAGACACUGGAGCGUGCUGAUGAUCCUCCCGUCAGCUGA